AUGACCAGCUGUCUCCAGCCUGAUGGGAGGACUCUGUGGAUAGCAGCAUCUUCAUCAGGACCCCAGGAGGAGAGCAGCCAUCCCGUCCCAGUCUCAUGUCCCACACCCCUUCCCUGCCAAGGAGGGCCGUUCAGAAUGAAGAAAAUCAGCCUUAAGACCAUCUGCAAGUCCCUCAACAUCAACAAGGGCAAGGAAGAAGGAGGGGGGGAUUUUGUCAUGCUCCAGCAGCCCUCGCCAGCGGUCGACUUCUCCAAGGAAGACUCUCUUUUCAGGGGCUGCUACACCAAAGAGCUGGCGGGCUGCGACCUUGGAGGUGGUGGUGGAGGAGUUGAAGAAGAGGAGAAGGCGGGACACAACAAGGGCCGUUCUAAGAGCGAGAGUCUGAUGGGUUCUCUGAAGAGGAGGCUGUCGGCCAAGCAGAAGGCCAAAGUCAAAGGGGUCACAGCCAUGGGGUCAGUUGACGAUGACGAUACCUUCUCCUCCUCCUCUGUGCCCAUCAGCUUCAACGAGGUCAAGGCCCAUCGGCCGUUACGAUCGGCAUCCCUCUGCAGCCACCAUUACAGCCCCUCUCCCUGGCCCCUGCGGCCUGUGAACUCAGACGAAGCCUGCAUCAAGAUGGAGGUGAAAGUUAAAGCCAUGGUCCACUCUCUGAGCCCCAGCCCCAACUUGAAUGGUGUGCGGAAGGAUUUCCACCACCAGGACUUCCAGAUGGAGGGCAUCUUUCAGGAGCAGGCUGUGAAGAACCUCCAGGAGCAGGCAGAGUCCCUGAAGAACCUCCAGCAGCACCAAAACGGAGACCAGCUGCACCUGAACAUUGACGAACACGUGCCUGUAGUCUUGGGCUUCACGCCGCAGGACUACAUCCAGUACACCAUGCCUUUAGAGGAGGGAAUGUACCCAGAGGGGUCCCACUCUGUCUCUCACUCCUUCUGCCUGGACGGGUCCCUGCCUAUGGAGGUGGUGACUGAGGCGGACAGUAGCUCUCUCCACGCUGAUCAGCAGAGUCAGGAAGACCAGGAUCUGGUGAGUAUGAACCUGAACCUGCCAGUGGACCUCUUCAUGGAGUCUGUGAACGGCAUCCUCAUCGGCUCUAACGGCGUCAUGCUCCAGAGCUCCAGGGACAGGGUCGAUGCCCAACACCCCCCUCCUCCCCCCCUGCCCCUGCUACCCAGCAACGAGAUCCCUAGGACUUGCUCUGGGUUCAGUGUUGCGUACAGCCACGUGGCGGAGCGGGUGAGGCACCACUUAAACUUUGACCCCAACUCGGCUCCGGGCAUGAGCCUGGUGUAUGACUCAGUCCAGAGCAGCGGACCCAUGGUUGUGACCAGCCUGACCGAGGAGCUGAAGAAGCUAGCCAGGCAGGGUUGGUACUGGGGGCCCAUCACACGCUGGGAGGCUGAGGAGAAGCUGGUCAACCUGCCCGACGGCUCGUUCCUGGUCAGGGACAGCUCGGACGACAGGUACCUCCUCAGCCUUAGUUUCCGCUCCCAGACCAAGACCCUGCACACCCGCAUCGAACACUCCAACGGACGCUUCAGCUUCUACGAGCAGCCCGACGUGGAGGGACACACGUCCAUCGUAGACCUGAUAGAAUACUCCAUCAAAGAUUCGGAGAAUGGAGCCUUCUGUUAUUCUAGAUCUCGCUUACCAGGGUCCGCCACCUACCCCGUCAGGCUGACCAAUCCCGUGUCUCGUUUUAUGCAAGUGCGCUCCCUGCAGUACCUGUGUCGGUUCGUGAUCAGACAGUACACCAGGAUUGACCUGAUUCAGAACCUGCCUUUGCCCAACAAGAUGAAAGACUACCUGCAGGAGAAGCACUACUGACAGGGUUGACACUGACAGAUGGGACAGACAAUGGUAGCAACUUGCACUUUUGGGUUCAGUUUAAGAGAUUUAACAAAGGUUUACAGACAUCCAUCGUUUAGACAAGAUCGAUUGGGGUACAUUGGCUCUUUGUUUUUGCCCAGGGACGUGUCCAAAAUGGAACCCUAUUCCGUAUGUUGCGCAGUACUUCUGCCAAAAGCACUGGCUAUAAGUAGUGCAAUAAAUUGGUAAUGGUGAUCCAGUUCAGAUUUGCCCAAGGUGAUGUUUCUCAGUGUCCAGUCCCCAAUUCCACAGUUAAAGGGUUAAGUCGUUGUCGCUCAGACUCAGUUUCUGGCCAAACCUCCAGAGAUCUAUCAUAGAAUAUUGUAUACAAGUCUGUCACAGAAGUACAAAGCAUGAUUUAAGAAAACAUACUUUAUCAACAGUGAGAUAUGGAGUUAUUUCUCUCUCCAGUUGCUGUAGAAGACUGGAAACUCUAGAAUGGCAAGUUCAGCCGUCUGAAUAACAUCAAUAUUUUGCCUUCUGGCUCAAAUUUACAGAUUUAAAAUAAGGUUUCACUUAACUGGCUUAGGUUUGACAUCUUAAAAGGCUGCAGUGAAUUAAAUGAAAGAAAUAAAUGGGCUGAUUUUAGAGCGUGAUCCUUUUGACGCUUCAUUUAAACAUUUACUUGAAAGAUAUCCAACAACAACGCAGUGGGGCAUAUCUUCGGUGUCUUAAACUGAAGCAGAAGCACUGCAGUAAUGCAAUGCAGAGGCCAAAAGUAUUUUUAAGCAAUGUUUUUGUUGACCUUUUUUUAUUUGCCAUCCGUCAAGUUGGUUAAUGACAACUGCUAGGGCUAAUAAGAAACGUAAGCUUUGUGUGGGUGCAUGUAGCCUGGACUAUUUAAUCCCGCCCACUGUAAAAGGUACUGUUAGGAUAAGUGAUGCACGGAUAUGACAUUUUUGGCCGAUACCGAUAUCUGAUAUUUUCCUUACCAAAAAAACACUGAUACCGAUAUUUCAAAUUUUUGUAGCCUUUUUAAGCAUUCUAGAACAGUUAAAUAGUUAACACACACACACAUGGGCGCAGCUGUCUAAGGCACUGCAUCUCAGUGCAAGAGGCGUCACUACAAUUUUGUUGGUAUUUACGUAUGUCCCCAUCACCAGUAAAACAUAAUCAAAACCUAUUUCUUUCACUUACUUGAUGUGCUGUUUCGUUGUUCAUUUGUUCAUUCCUUUCAUUCUCAACCAGGAUUUCUAUGGAACGCUAUUUGGGCCUUUGCGUAUCAAAAAUAUACUAUUUGAUGUCAAAUAACACUAUUUGAUGUGUCAAAUAAGCUUGUUGACCAAUCAGGACCUGAAUAUGACUGCACGUCACAAUAAUUUAACGUGUUCAUACAUUUUCUACGUAGUUAUUACACGUUGAUUACACUAUCACUCGUAUUCCAUGUUACAUACAACGUUUCAUUGAUACGUAUGCUAUGAUGCUGGUAAAGUUGAUUCGCGCACCUACAGUGCUGGUCAUAAACAAUGUUCUUCCCCAAAAACAUCCGUUUCAGUAGCUAUAGUUAGUUAGCUAACUAUAUAGGUAGGUGUCAUCUAAAAUAACCCUAUUUGAUUAAUGAUGGUCAGACCCAUCUUUGUGAAGCUAGCCACAAUAAACAUUAGUCACAAUAGUUGACUUUUGCGAUGAGCCUUCAAAAUAAUAGUAUGGAAUAAUUCUACUAUUUCUAUUCAUUUGCAUCACUGUCAAUGACAUACUUUUAUUUUGAAGGCAAACCGCAAAUUCCACUUGUACAUAAUCCUUAUUGUGGCUAGCUUCACAACACAUACCCCAGUCCAGUCGAGCUUCACUAGCCAGAUGAAGCUAGCUGGCUGCAUAUAACGUUAGCUUUGGGCAACAGGCUUAAGUAGCUAUUUAUUUUCAGGAACUGAGGUUCAAUUUCAAUAGGCGAACAACAAGUGGCAACCUAGCUAAUACGUACAAGGAUUCCUAAAUCAUUGCUAAGAAUAAUGAGAAUGAUUGCAGUUUCUACUUGUCAUUGUUUUCAGCCUGGUUGUAUUGGUGCUAGCUAGGUUCCACCUGAAGUUGCGGUCGAACAAAUGAGGCUUUAUUACCAACGCGGUAUUGUAAACACAUCGUUCGUGGCUGGUGUUUGCUGACUUUUUUGUACAGCUUUCACAGUGCUGCUUGUAUAUCUUUUGACAUGCAAAGACCCAAACGGCGUUCCAUAGUAUGUAUGUCUUGAAGGUAAUAGCAGUGACGCUAUUGCUGUGUAACUCCAGUAGGGCAACAUCGGAGAAAUAGAGCACUUGGUAGUGUUAACUGGUGCUCGACCAGUCGGCGAAAGCCAACAUUACCCACGAUAGAGAACGGAUUUCGCCUUUGAGUUGUGUCCCUGAAAUUUUGCUACUCUUUCAAAUGACUGCUUGACUUGUUGACUGCUUGACUUGUUGAUCCACACAGCAGACAUUCUGGGCUAGUUUAGGAACACUGUGUUGCACAGUUUUAGCUAAUAUCGGCCGAUUCCAAUAUGUUCACCGAUAUAUCGUGCAUCCCUAGUUAGGAUAGAUAAAUGCUAGUUUAUAUGUCGCCAUGCACUUCUACUUAAUAUUUAUGCAGCAGUAUGAUAGCUUUUUAAAUGCAAAUACCGGUAAGUAAUGAAUAAUUAACCUGAAGAUAAACAUUUGAAUGCUUCCCUAUUAGGAGUCUGUCACAAAAUCUGCGCUAGGACAAAUUAACGUGUCAUGUUCUGUACAAUAUGCUUGCCUCUGCGUGCAGGACCUUCUUUUGAACUGUUAAAUACAGUAGGCUGUAGAGACUUGGACCUUAUCACAGUGCACAGGAGAGGGAAGUAUAACUACAAGUAAAAAGGGAAAGUCACAAAUACAUAGUUGUUUUUACAGCAUUUAUCAGUAAGCACAUUGAGGAAACACAAGACGUCUCUUAGUUUUGCCCAGCUGACCCAUUUAUUUUUAAUAGAAAGUGGCUAAAUGCUGUUCUGGAGCCUUUUUGUGUCAACAUAUGAGCUGGAUCCUGGUGAAAGGAACAAGCUUAGGCUGAGGGAUUUUGGGAAACGCCAGAAUAGAUUAAUAUUGGAGCCCCUUCCUCAUAUUUGGAAGGGAGCCAGGUCAGAGGUACGUGACAGAAUUCCCAACUCUGUAAUGGCACAAUAAUGUCCUGCUCGAUAGAGAAUGAGAUCGAGGCUUUUGUGUGUGGUUUGCCCAAUAAUUUGCAUGAGUGAUGUCACUGAUUGCCAUUGCUAUGCUGUCUGUCUCGCACUUAUGGCAGGUUUGCAGUUUGACAUUUAAAUAUGUAUCCCGUGUCAUGCUUAUUGUCAAUGCCCCCUCCACAGAACAAUGUUAACUUACAUAUUCAGUCUUGCCAGGCUGUUUGUAUUGGAACAAAGGGAAAAGGCACACAUUAUACUACACAAGUGCUCUAUAACAUAUACUUUGACAUGGGAGUCACAGUUUUACAUAUGUUAAAGUGUCUUUUUUGACAUCCGUGUCCUUAAAGUAUUUGGAAAAUGAUCUCAGACUUCUUUGGUAGUCAAUUGUGUAUUGUCUAUGCCUAGUUAGUAAAUAUCGGUUGGUAUCUAAGGUGCUUACCAUUACACCUGGACACCCAUAGGUUAGAUUGGAUCACUGGAUGGUUUUUGCAUGUAUAAAAAAGUGUUUCAUAAAGACUUAUUGGCAUUUUAUUGCUUUGAAAUGGAUGCUUUGAAAUGGAUUAAGGAUGUAGGUAAUGUGUCAGUUGUGUGUGGAGGGAUUGUUGUACUCAGUUACCACUAUCAUCAGCUGGAUGAUCUGUGUUUUCUUCAUUAAUUUUCUGUGACUUAUCAACUUUUGUCAUUUUGGGAACUAGUAGGGAGUUACUUAUUGUUUCUAACAGUCUGUGCCACAUACUAAGAGGUUACACCAGGGUAAUAGCUGUAUGCUUGUUUUAGCAAGGCAACAUCAUUUGAACCAUCUACACUUGCUCAAAGACAAAGCCAUAUUUUUUUGCAUGGUUUUCACUAUACUAAGACAAUACAUACGGUUCAUGAGUAACUCUCAAUUGUUUCCCCUAACUAAUGUCGUCACUCGAAUGACAUUGAAAAAUGUCACAACUCGCAGUCCAACGUAAGGUUUGUCACGAGCGCAUGAAUUGAACUCAUCAGUUGUGUUGUUAUGUCUAUGUGUUACAAAGGGUGAGACACCAGCGUCAUAUCGAAGAAUAUUGCUAGGUUAUGGAGGAAUGAAGACGACUAGAAUGUGUAAAAUUGAAGCAAACUUAAAUGUGAAAUGAAGAUGUUAAUUGUUUGACUACAAUGUACUUAUAAUUAUUUUAUUUCUGUUUUUUAAUCUGCCAUUAUUGUAGCAGAUCCAGAAAAACAGGUCCCCAAUUGGAUAAACACUCACAGAUGUUAUGGGUGUUUCUCUGCUGUGAUCUUCUCUAGUACUUCAGCAUCCUGGGAUUUAUUUUGUUCGUUAUUGCCUUCUCAUGGGUGAUUGUUAGAGGUUGACGCUUGUUUAAGCUGCUGAAGUAUUUUGAAUUCGUUAUCAAGCUUCACCCAUUUUAUAUUUGUUGAUGUUGCGAAUCUCUUCAAAUGAAGGUGAUUGUUUACAAUGAUAUAUUUGGUAAAUACCAGUUUUAUCCCCUCCUAACACAAACCUCUUUGGUACAAUUCAAAAACCCUUAUUUCUUUAAUGUGUUAUACACAUUUGUGCUGCUUCAUGAAUAUGAAUGCCUUGUAUUAAGCUAUGGGGAAAUAGAAUGUUGCAAUUUAAAUGUAUGUACACAUAAUGACUGGUUAUCAUUUUGGGAGAACAAAGUAGAUUUGUAAACAACUAUAGUCUGUUAACAAUUUGUCGCUAUUAGUAAAUACUCACCAGAAAAAAAAAGACAUUACUUCAGUUUACAUUUUGUUAAUUGUCAAAUUUUCCAAACGUACAUUUUUUUUAUUCUUGUAUUUUUUUCUUUUGUGGAAAAAAAUCAAUAGAUUAAUUGCACAUUUUGGAUACAGUUGAACAAGUUUUUGUAUCUGCCGAUUUAUAAAUUGUAAAUAAAAACUAUAU